GUAAGGGCAAUCAUUUUAAUCGGCUAGUAUUAGCCUACUCUACAUGCUGUAAAUAUUCAAACUAUUACAUUUAAGAUCGUGUGUGAAGUUUGAAGAGGAUAUAGCCUUGGAUACGAGCCACUGAGUAAUUUCCCAGGUUAAUCUGAUGAAGAAGUGAUGGCGGAUCUAGUUAGAGACAAACGAGAGAAACAAGAAAAGAAAGUUGAUAAAAUGCCUGCAGAUGGAACCAGGGACAAAGAAAAAGCUGGUGGAACUGAGGACCCUAUGAUCACUGAUUAUGGUUUGGAUGAGCAAGGGAACCAUGAAGAUCUCCAUGCGGCAGAGAUGGAUCCCACCCAUCCACUGGGUCCCUCUAAACCGUUUCCCGUCACUGACGUCUUAAAAAUACUGAAGGAAGAAAUCGACAACAAGCUUCAAGGAGAAAAAUAUGAAGCACAGCGCAGUAGAGAACUGACCCUAACUCUCUGUGAAGUGAUAAAGAACCGUGUGAAGCAGCUUCAGAUCCCCAGAUACAGAAUUGUGGUCAAAGUCCACAUCGGCCAGAUCAUCGGGCAGGGGAUACAAACCAGAAGCGGCUUUCUGUGGGACCCGUCCACCGACACCUUCGCAUCUCACUCCUUUAAAAACGAUUCUCUGUUCUGCUGUGCCACUGUAUUCGCCGUCUAUUUUGAGUAACUCACAGGAAAUCUGUCAUUCGUUAGUAAUUUGUUUCUCUUGGUUAAAUUGUGAAAAUUA